UUCUACUGUUGGAAGUAGGCUUGACGGAUGCGAAGAGCGUUCAAGCCUUUUUGAAAAGUCGAAAGGAAGACAAACGAGUGCUGAUGCGAGAAGAAAAGAGGAUGUAGAUUGGAUGCCAACUCUCGUUGCAUCUGUUGCCCUUUUCAAGCUUCGACAAGAGGUGGCAAAGGGCGAUUGCGCGACCAAAAGCAUGCACACUGUAGCGGAUGCGCUUGCUUUCACAGGCUGGACGCCCUGGCCGACUCAGAUCUCGUUCGAUGACAAUACACUCGAAGGACGGGCAGGGCGGUAGACAUGCAAGACUUGCGGCUUUCAAAGUGGCAAACAGGCGUAUGGCGCAGUUUGUGACUCGACGCCGCCAUCAGCGCCACGACGGUUUCGCCAGGAUGCCCAUCGUUGCGUUCGACUACGUAGCCUCGGCACAGUGGUCACAGCUCUGCAAGCUUAGAAUGAUCGCGCGGAGAGCGAUCUGACACACACGCGAUUUGUCAAGGUUUAGGGACAGUCAAGAGUCGCAAGAGCUUUGCAGCCAUUGUGUCAAAAGGACCCUUGAGUAUGGACAUUGGCCACCUUCGCGCCUCGUUGCCUAGCCCCGUCGCCACCCUUGCCACCAGUUCGCAGCUGCGCGCCUCUAUGCCACCUUGCCACCAGUCCGCAUCUGAAGACGGCGACAUCGACGGGGCGCUGUCACAGAGUCAGCGCGGCGUCGACGUCUCACGCCCGGCCUGGCGUUUGGUGGUGGAUCGCAACAUCGGUACCAUGGUAAUCUGCCACGACAGCACUACCAAAUUCCAAGUCGCGCCACCUCAAUGUCAAGGGCAGACUCCCAGUAAAGGAGAGAAUACGCAGAAAGACAUUUUGGUGCAUGGGAUGACCGGCCAGGCCGGCAAGUGAAUGAUUUCGAUAUCGCAUGACCAUUGCAAUUGGAACGCGCUUCAUCUGCGUGUCUUCUGCUCGUUCUUGAGCCGUGCUUACAUCGCUGCGCCCUAUCGGUUCUGCCAAGCUGGUCCUGCCUGCCCUGUGCCGCCCUCGCCGGACUCUCCACAGUGGGCCUGUCGUCAAGGGAUGUGCGCCUGCCGACGAAGCUUCUCUCCUCGUG